UUUAGGUUAUGUUUUUGACGUUACUUCGGUUGUGUGUUUCAAUUCAUGGGAAGAUGUACAAAAAGUUUUCCUAUUAUUUUGAUUUUUACAAUUACUUGUGAAAUUUAUGAUUUCUAAUGGCAGAAUUCAUAGCAGAAAAUAAUGCAUGCGGACAAUGCAUUUUAAAUUUAGUCGCUCGAGGGAAUGCCAUCGUUGCUGAAAUAUUGCGUUUAAAAAAUUAUAUACCACCAAUCUUCAGGCUGACAACUAAGCAUGAUCAGCAAAAGUACAGAGAUCUUAUCAUCGAUUUUAGUUAUUUCAAAAUCUCUGAAGCAAUUGAAAAGAAAAUUGAAAAUGAUCCGGCUCUGCAAGAUUUAGAUGAAGAACUAAGGGACAAUUAUGGAGGCAUUUUGAACCGAUUUUACCUUGCCUUUGAAAGUGUUCACAAGCAUAUUAUAGAACUAAACCAGUUUGUGGAGGACCUUGAAGAAGGUGUCUUCUUUCAAAACUCUUUGGAGUCAAUUUUCCUAAAUCUUGAAGGAUGUCAAUUGAUGUCCGAAGCUCUUUACCUCUAUGGAGUAAUGCUGUUAGAAAUAGAUCGACACAUAGAUGGCCUUAUUCGCGAACGUCUAUUAGUUGCUCAUUAUCGAUAUAGUGCUCAACAAUCAAGUGCUUCAAGUAACAUUGAUGAUAUCUGUAAAUUAUUUCGUUCUACAACCAUUAACUCAAGACAACCACCCAAUUAUCCUGAGGAUUACUUUAGACGCAUUCCCAUAAAUGAAAAUCUUGUGUCAAUGGUCAUUGGAAGGCUACGAUCCGAUGACAUUUACAAUCAGAUAUCUGCCUAUCCAUUUCCAGAACACCGUGUUGUUGCCUUAGCUCCACAAGCUGCCAUGCUAUAUGUAUGCUUGUUUUUUGACGCCUCUGUUUUGCACAACCAGACCGCAAAAAUGAGGGAAAUUGUCGAUAAGUAUUUUCCAGAUAAUUGGGUGGUAAACAUAUACCUGGGAUUCACGGUGAAUCUCAUAGAUUCAUGGGACCCCUUCAAAGCUGCUAAAACAGCUCUCUGUAAUACUUUGGAAACUUCCAAUGUUAGACAGCAAACCUCUCAUCAUGCGGGCAAAAUUCAGAAACUCAUGGAAAAAACAAAGCAACUUUUACGAGAGAAGGCUCUGACGGAAGAGAGUGUAUUAGGAAAUACAACUAAAAUUAUGAAUCUGGCUCGAGAAUGUAAUGUCACCCUUCGAUGGUUGAUUUUACAUACCACUCCCCCUGCCUCUGAUUGCUGCAAGAGAACUAAACAAGUUUACGAUCAGAUUUUGGGUGACAUGAAGAAAGCCCCUGAGUCAACAUUAGCUCUAAUGUUAAAUGCAGCAGAAUUUGAAUUUAGACUGAAGGAACUCUUCAAGACGAUGUUAGCAGAAAAACGUAAAAAUUGGGAGUAUCAUCAAAAAAAUAGUGCAGAGCAGCUUAUGGACUUGUCUCUUGUCUUCGCUGGGGAAAAAUCUUUAUUAAAAGUUGAAAAAAACGCAAAUCUGCAUGAAUGGUUCCAGAAAAUGGCAAAAGAGAUUGAAACUCUAAAUGUUGAUGAAAUUUCUGUUUCUAGUCGCAAGAUGGUGCAGAUUGUUCAAGCCUUAGAUGAGGUCAAAGAAUUUCACCAGUUAUCAACUAAUAUGCAGAUCUGUCAAAAUUUGAAAGAAGCUAAAGAGAGUCUCACAUCAAUGAUACGCAGUGAAGGAAUGAAAGAAAGUUUGUUGAUAACCUUGCAGAUUGUAUCUGAUUUUAGUUAUGCUUGGCAGUUAGUGGAUGCCUACACACCUUAUAUGCAAGACCAGAUUAAGGAAAAUCCAGCCAUUGUUGUUAAAUUGAAAGCCAUUUUCCUCAAACUUUCAACAGCACUUGAAACUGUUGUUCUUCGAAUUAAUCAAGCUGGAAGUGAUGACCUAAUUUCAGUCAGUCAAUAUUAUUCUCAAGAAUUGGUUAGUUACAUGCGACGAGUACUACAAAUCAUUCCACAAACCAUGUUCUCUCUAAUGACCAGAAUAAUAGGGUUACAAACAAAUGUUAUUGAAGAGCUGCCAACUCGCCUUGAAAAAGAAAAAUUGAGAGAAUACGCCAAGAUUGAUUCCAGAUUUGAGGUUGCCAACUUGACUCACUCCAUAGCAGUAUUUUCUGAGGGUAUAUUAUCCAUGCAGAGCACUUCAUUGGGUGUUGUUCAAAUAGAUCCACCUCAACUAUUGGAAGAAGGAAUACGCAAAGAAUUAGUUCAUAAUAUUGCACAUGCCUUGCAUACUGGCAUUAUUUUCUCUCCCAAAUCAAAGGCGGAAGAGCUAAUUAAAAAACUUGAAGCGCUCGGAGAUAUUAUGGAUGGCUAUAGGCGCUCCUUCGAAUACAUUCAAGACUACAUUGGAAUGUUUGGUUUAAAAAUUUGGCAAGAAGAGCUUAGCAGAGUUAUCAGUUACAAUGUAGAACAAGAGACUAACAGUUUCAUCCGAAAUAAGGUAGCUGAGUGGCAGAGUGUUCAUCAGAGCAAAGCAGUUCCUAUCCCUUCCUUCCCACCGACAGAUUCUGUAUCUGUUACUUUUAUUGGCCGCCUUGCAAGUCAAUUGAUCCAUAUAACAGAUCCCAAAACAACUAUUUACAUGGAAAAUUCAACUGCCUGGUAUGAUCAUAAAACGCAGAAAGAAGUCAUAAAUAUUAAGUUUUUCUCUCAAAUUACGAAGUCUGUUGGUGUGUCUGGUGUUGCUGGCCUCGACAAACUCAUUGGCUUUAUGAUCGUCAAAACUUUACAGAGUUUCUUAAAUGACAUUCAGAAAGGAAUCCUAAAAGAUAAAGCAAAUGUAGAUUUGCUCAUUUCUAUAUCCAAAGGACUUUCUCCAAACUCCAAAAUCAUAGAUGGUGGAAGCAAAUAUUACAUGAUAUACAUUUCAAGAGCCCAGAAACUUUGGUCUCAAAUUCUUGAAUGGGUAAUCAAAGUGGGGCAGCUCCAGCUACUGAGGAAGCAUAUCUUUUAUGAAUUAAAAAUAUCCUGCAAAUUUGAGUCGAAGCAUUUGUCUUCUGCCUUAGCAACUCUAAAUGAAGCUGUCAUCAAUGAAGUUAAAGCACAAUACAAAGAUCCAAAAUCAGACCCCUAUCAACAAAAAGAGUCAUCCUUAUUGUAUGAGUUGUCAACUUACCUGGAUUGGGCUGGUAUCGGAAAUCCUUUUGCAAAAAUAUAUGUCACUACUAAGAAUGUUCCGUAUUUCUCACUCCUGAUGUUCCUGUUCCUUGCAUCCCAAGUGCCUAAAAUUACUUUUGUUAAAAAUGUUGGUCCAUUAGUGUUGAAAAAAACUGGAGAGCCCUUGGAUAGUGUUCCCUUAGUCAUUGGUUUUGCGACAAUUUUCCGACAGUUUCAUCCAGAGGUCAGGUCGCAGUUUCUAUUGUACUGUUCACAGUAUAUAAAGUCUGUUUUGGAUUCAGUUCUCUCAGUACAAUCAAAGACAGAUUUGCCUCCUGAAUUAUCAAGUUUUCUUAGUUUUCUUGAAAGUUUCAUGGACUAUUCGGGGCUACCGCAAAGCACUCUUGCAGAACAUAUUCCUGAAAUUAUUCUUAAUCUGUACCACUCUACACAGAGUUAGCUUCCUGUAUUUACCUCGUGUACCCAGGUAUUGGUAAGAGCUUUGUCUCUGUUCAUUAGUUCUUAUGAUCCCCCUUAAAAUAGACGUAUCUCUAUGUACGGAUGCAUGUCUUAAUGGCAUGGCGAAUAACUGAGAAAAUCAGUGACUUGAAAGGAGAGAAACAAUUCAGUGUCUCAGCAUACCAAACUUCUUGGUAGAUAUUUAUUUUUUUAACAGUUAUUUUACUCCAAGUCAUGUAACAGAACUCUGAAGUUUUAUCCAUCAGGCAAGUUCAACGUAAGCCUUUUUUUCUGCAAAAGAAAAAGAAAACCUGAAGACCCUUACCAUUAAAACAAAUUUUUAAUCAAGGGCAACACUUAGAGAGGUCCCUGAACCUCUUUUUCUUUACUUUUUUUUUUUUUAUAUAUAUAGAGUUAAGUGACUUUUCUUUGUGAAGUACUUCAUGAAAGCUCUGCACUUAUUUCGAUGGAAAAAUGCUAGUUUGAAUGAUGUCUUUGAAGCUAUAUCAAAACACUUUAGUACCAGCAAAUGAAGGCUCAAAUCUUGUCGAAAGAUGAGUAUUAAAAACAUGAAAAGUAAAUGAAACUGCCUUUUCCAAUUGCGGGUGUAGAAAAGUCCAAUUUGCAAAUAGGGAUUUGAAGCCAAAAGAUGUAUUUCAAGGAACAACAAAUGUUUGUUUAUAAGUGCCUUAUCUUGUAUGAACUUAGGCUAAUAAUUGUUGAGUUGUUAUUAUUUGCGAAUAAAUUGAUCUUAGCUAAAUCAAGAUUCAAAAGUUAGCAAUAUACGAAAACCAUUCCAGUUUAUAACCAGCCUUGUUUGCUUUAUGAUCUAACUCCUCUGUUACUUUUUAUUUUUAUUUGAUUAGUCAUUUUUUUUACAUUGUAGAAGAGAAUAGCUUGUUUAACCUCAGGCAAUUUUUUCUAUGUUUUUAAUUACAUACUUAAAAGCAGA